UUCCAGUAAGCCGCAACUUUAUUAGCUCAAUUGACCAAGCACAUAUGCACUAGUCUAUAUAUAGACUAGCUUGAGUGGAGAUUGCCGGGUUUGAUACUGAUAGGAAAUAAUUUUUUGAUAUGGAGAAAAUUCGCUGUGGACAUAUUAAUUCUUUGAAUUUUUGAGUCAAGGAAGCAACAGAAACAACAAAUAUUUGAAUAUUGAACAAUACAAUCAUGUCUGAAGGAAGAAAAAGGCCAUUUAAUGAUGAUUCUGCCAUCGAGGCAGUAUCUGAAGAGAACCCAGGGCAUACCUCGAAAAAACUCAGGAAAGAAACAAAUGCAUCUGCCCGCCGUUCAUUGUUUGUUCGUUCUUUACCUGCAACAGCUACAACCUCAGCAUUGACUGAACUGUUUUCCGACAAUUAUCCCUUAAAGCACGCUACAGUUGUACUCGAUCCCGUCACGAAACAAUCAAAGGGAUAUGGAUUUGUUACCUUCGCAGAUGCAGAAGAUGCUCAGAGAGCCCUAGACGAAUUCAAUGGUCAAUCAUUUCAAGGUCGCAAAAUGAAAAUCGAGAUCGCUCAACCACGUUCCAGAGAAACGCCCGCGAAAGGUGGAGAAGAGGGGUUGCCAGUGAAGAAGAAGACUGCAAUUGCUGCUGAAGCUGCUGCUGUUAAAAAAGCUCGACAGGAGAAAUUGGCCGAAUCAAAAGCACCUCCUAAACUUAUCAUUCGAAAUCUGCCAUGGAGCGUCAAAACUCCUGAUGAAUUGGCUAAACUGUUCAUGGGCUUUGGAAAAGUCAAAUACGCUACGUUGCCUAAAGUCAAGGGGAAGGAAGCGGGGUUUGGAUUUAUUGUGAUGCGAGGCAAGAAAAAUGCGGAAAAGGCACUGGCUGCAAUCAAUGGACGUGAGAUUGAUGGCAGACAAUUAGCUGUAGAUUGGGCUGUUGAGAAGGAUGUCUGGGAAAAGAAAAAGACUGAGGAUGCAGAUAUGAGCGAUGCGGAGACUCCCAAGGACGAGCCCGAAGAACCAAAAGAUAAAGCGGACGAUGAUGAUGUGGACGAUGAUGUUGCCAAUUUUAUGAAAAACUUUGGAGAUCAAUUAGAAUCGGAGGAUGAAAGUGAUCCUGAGGCAGUUGAAGACAAUGAGGAUGACAUUGACGAUGAAUACGAUGAAGACGAUGGCAAUGAGGAAGUGGAUGACUUUGAAGAUAUAGAUGACGAUGAAGAUGUUGAGGAGGAAAAGCCCAAAAAGAACUUCAUCACCGAUAAUUCCUCGACACUCUUUAUUCGCAACCUCCCCUUUACAACUCUUGAUGCAACCUUGAAGGAACAUUUUGAACAAUUUGGCCCUGUCAGAUAUGCUCGAGUAGUCAUGGAUAAGGCAACUGAUCGUCCUAAGGGUACUGGCUUCGUUUGUUUUUACAAUGUCGAAGAUGCUGAUUCUUGUUUCCGAAACUGUCCCAAGUAUCAACCCACAGGCGCCAACGCAACUAAGAAGGGCGAUACUCCACAAAUUAAACACUCCCUCUUAGAACCCGAAAACGCAGACUCUACAGGUGCUUAUACCAUCGAUGGACGACUCCUUCAGAUAUCUAAGGCCGUUGAGAAGGACCAAGCAGUGAAGCUUACCGAGGAAGGAUCACAUUUCCGUGAUAACCGCGACAAAGAUAAGCGAAAGCUUUACCUUCUUCAAGAAGGUACCGUGGCUAAGGGUACACCUCUCUACGAUUUACUUCCACCAUCUGAGGUCAAAAUGCGCGAAGAUAGCGCCAUGCAAAGAAAGAAACUUAUUCAAGGCAACCCCACUCUACAUCUGAGUCUCACCCGUCUGGCCAUCCGUAAUAUACCCCGCAACAUCGAUUCCAAAGCACUCAAAGCUUUAGCCCGUGAAGCUGCCGUUGGAUUUGCCACAGAUGUGAAAGCAGGAAAACGCCAACAACUUUCAAAAGAAGAAUUAGCACGAGGAGGCGAGGAGAUGCGCGAAGCGGAAAAACAAAGAAAAGCCAAAGGAAAGGGUAUCGUCCGACAAGCUAAAGUAGUAUUCGAAGGUAGAGAAGGCAAGAAAGUUAGCGAGGAAAGCGGAGCAGGAAAGUCAAGAGGGUACGGUUUCGUUGAAUACUCAAGUCACAGAUGGGCACUCAUGGGUCUUCGAUGGUUAAACGGCCACGCGCUCAAAAACUCUCAAGGAAAAACUCAGAGAAUGAUCGUCGAAUUCGCUAUCGAAAAUGCACAAGUCGUCUCGAGACGAAAAGAACAGGAAGAAAAAGCUCGUAAUCGUUCAAAAGAAGUUUCGGAUAAAAUCGCCAAGGGUGAAAUCGUUAGUUCGAAAAAAUUGGCCGGUAGAGAUCAAGAUAUGAAAUCAAUGAGGAAAGGUGGGAAAGGUAUUAAAGGUGCUGGGAAAAAUGGAAAGAGAUUUGAAAAGGAGAAAAGUUUCGAUAGAGUCGCUCUUAGGUAUGUUCACCCAUUUACCUUUACCCUUUUCCCUCUUCCACUUUAUCCUUGAUACACAUCCUUCCAAACCAAAAUUCCGCAUCACAUCUCAUACUAAUACAUAAAACAGGACCACCAACAAGCGCAAAGCCGAUGACGACCUACCCUCACAAAAAGAUAGUAAGAAACCAAGAAAUCCAUCGACAAAUGGUGCAAAUGCAACUGAAGGAAAUGACGAUGAUGGAAAACAGAGGAGAAAAGCACAAAUUAUCCAGAAAAAGAGGAUGAUGAGGAGAAAUAGAAAGGGGGGUGCUUAAGUAUUGUAGUCGGGAAUCUUGAGGAGGGAAGACGUUGGGGAGGGGAGAGGGGGAUGCUUAGAUGUGAAUUAGCUAAAGGUUAAGCUUAGAUUGAAGCUUAACCGAACUUCAUUUUGUAAUUACCUAGAUUAUCUAGAUAGUAGGUACUAGAGUAUAAUACCUACCUGUCUGUCUGUCUGUCUGUCUGACUGUCUGAUAGCAAAACAAUAAUUAUCUUUCUUUUUCAUUCAUUCACCCAUCCACCCAUUCAUGCAUAAGCGCUUUAGCAUUCGAUGUGUCUGAUGUAUCUAUCUAUCGAUCUAUCUAUUUCCUCAUUCUGGACAUUUGAUA